AUGUCUCACCCACCCAACAGCGCAGAAAUCAUCCAACGCGCUCCUCAGCAUGGCAUUGUUGUCCACAGCUCAGCAACUCGACUCCCCACAUCCAACAUGGAAUCUACUCAUCCUCCUACCAGUGGAUCCCAGCCCCGCUUCGCCAAUAACAAAACAUACUGCUCAGAGCCGUCGUGUGGCAAUGCCUUUGCUGUUCAGCCAUAUGGUAUGAGCCCGGAUGAUGAUGUCUUCAUCAAGAUACGAUGUGCAGAGUGCCAACCGGUCAUCAUGAUACCUCUCUACCUUGGUACAAAUGAGCGAUCCAUGUGGUGA